AUGAGAGCUUCCGUUGCUCAUGCGCUAUUACGCGCCCCCGCCCGUGGUCGAGGUAUCCACGGAGUAGCUACCCGGAGCUUACCGACUUGUCCGACAGUAACGAGACGGCAAUUGCCCAUCGAGUCGGCAUCGAAAUGGCAAUCGAGAGGCCAAUGCUCUCCAAUUGCCGUUAGCACAAGGCCGUAUACGUCGACGAGCAAUCCUUCGAGCAUAUUUCCUCUCGGGCAUCCGCCCAAGUUUGCCUUUGCUUUCGACAUCGAUGGCGUCCUCCUCCACGUCGCGAAACCGAUCCCCAGAGCCGGCGAAACGCUGCAGUUCCUCCACGAUAAUAACAUUCCCUUCAUCCUCCUUACCAACGGCGGUGGCAAGCAUGAAUCCGAGCGAGUCGCCGAUCUCAGCGAGAAGCUCGGAGUGCCGCUUACGACGGACAACUUUGUUCAAUCCCAUACACCGUUUCAGCAACUAGCUGCCCAGGGCAAGAAGCUCCGCAAUGGCACCAUUCUGGUGACGGGUUCGGAUGCUUCGAAAUGCAGGGAAAUUGCUGAGACGUACGGCUUCAAGAACGUAGUCAUUCCCGCCGAUAUUUUACAAGCCCAGCCGGAGAUAUGGCCAUUCGAUCCUUUGAUGGAACAAGUCUACAAGGAUACCGCACGACCGCUGCCCAAGCCCGUGUGGGAUGGGAAAAUGAACAUUCAGGAUGCUCUCAAGAUAGAUGCCAUAUUCGUCUUCAACGACCCUCGGGACUGGGCGCUAGAUUCGCAGAUCAUCAUGGACUUGAUGAUGUCCGACAACGGCGUCCUAGGCUCGCUCUCCCACAAAAACGGUAAACCGACGCCGGAGGAUUGGCGAAACCACGAACAGCCCGGCCUCUACUUUUCCAACCCGGACGUCUUCUGGGCCACGACUUACCACCAACCUCGUCUCGGCCAAGGAGCAUUCCAAGCCGCGCUGGCAGGUAUCUGGUCCAAGAUCACAGGCGGUGACGUUCUCCGGAGUAAGACCAUCGGGAAGCCCUUCCGCGAGACGUACGAGUUUGCCGAACGGGUGCUCAACGAUCACCGGCGAGAGGUACUCAUCCGCGGCGGCCACGCCAAGGACGAGCUCCCGGAUCUCUGUCACGUGUACAUGGUGGGAGAUAACCCCGCCAGCGAUAUUCGCGGCGCCAACGAGUUUCAGAGCCCUCGGGGGACGAUUUGGCAGUCGGUACUGGUUAGAACGGGAGUGUGGAGACCGCCUCCAGGGGAGACGACGGGCCCUGUGGAGUUUGAGCCGAAGAUUAUCGUUGACGAUGUGAAGGCGGCGGUGCAAUGGGCCAUGGAGCAGGAAGGAUUCGGGGGGCAUUUGUGA